AAGAAAAUAAUUCCUGUUAAUGAUCUCCAUAAUUCACGCAGCUACGAGAAAGCGAGGGUAAAUAAACAUACGUGAAGGUAUUCAUCAGUCGUCAUUGACUGGCGCGCACCGCUGCGCAUCAGUAUUCAGUAUUCACGUUUUGUCACCGCAGGCAAUAUUGACAAUGCGUGUGGAUACAUAUACACAUAUGUAACUCGUGCAGUUACUCCGGACAUUGUUACGCGAGAUUAUGGGCAGAAUAACGCGGAGUUCAACCGACCAGGAGAAGCCGCAGCGGAAACGACGAAAGAAGGAUCUCGAUCGGAUACACUCAAAGAUCUUGCAGGCCAAGCGGAAAUUGGAUAAGAUUGGAAAGGGUGACAACAAAGAACAGAAAAAGCAAGGUCGAGCAAAAAUCUGCAAUAGACUUUUGCCAGAACCUGCUGCUGGCAUAUACAGAAAUGGCGCAAAGGGUAAAAACAUCCAGAAAGCAGAGACAUUGGAAAAUACAUACCAUAAAGCCCGGCUAAAGGCAGAUGCGUUGAAACUUCUCAAUGGCGAUACUCAUAAAUCUGAACGUAUAGUGGAGAUACCAAUACAGAAUAAAACUAUUAAACAAUCAGUAAAUAAAGAUUGCAUACAAAACAAUUUGGAAUCGAAUGAACUAUGUACUCAAGAGCUAAGUCCUGUUCUAGGAAACAGACAAAGUCAAAAUCAGAAGCCAUGUCUUGCUAAAAAGAAAGGUGAAGAAAAUAUUUUUGAAGACACAAAUUUCAACAAAACUAAAAAACAAAACAUCACUGACAAAUCAAGACAAAUCAAUGUUCAAAAAGAAGACAUAUGUAAACGAAGACUAUUCCAAAAUGAUAAAGAGCUAUCAGAAACUAUUAUUACUAAUUCAACAGAAAUAUUUGAUGAUACUGAUCUUACAAAAGAAAAUAAAACUAGUAACAAAGAAACAGAGUUGAUAGGUUCAAAAAACAACAAAGAUUUAUUGUGUGACCCAUUAAGUCGCUAUAUGGAAUUCUGCAAAAUCUCUGCUAAAAAUUUUGAAACAGAUAUUCUACAAAAUUAUUCCUCAGAUCCUGUUACAUCAACAAUUAAAAAAUUAAAACAUGCUUAUGCUGAUUCUUUUCGUCAACAACUUUUGCGCAAAAAGAAGAAACAAGAAUUAGAAAAUACAAACCCUACACAUUCUGUGGAACAUCAAGCUUGUGUAUCUUCGGACACUUCGCCAUUAUCACCUGUUGAAUUCGAAGUUCCUAAGUGUAGCAAAAAUCAUGCUAUUGCAGCUCAUUUCCAAGAAGGUGUAUCUCACAAAGAUAACAAAUUCCAUUUAGUACAAAAUACUAAGCUUAAAAAACGUGAUGUAACAUAA